AUGCGAGGAGUGUUGCUGAUUCUCGCGGCUCUCGUCGCCGCCACCGCCGCGAUUCCAUUCAUCGGAAGUGUGCAAUCGGUGAAGGUCACCGGCAAAGUGACGUGCAAUGGUUCGCCGGCAGAAAAUAUCAAAGUGAAACUCUAUGAGAAGGAGAUCGUUCUCGACAAACUGCUCGAUGAGCGAACCACCGAUCGACGCGGCUCGUUCGUCAUGUCGGGAAGCAAGAAGGAAUUGACCGCCAUCGAUCCGCACGUCAACAUCUACCACAAGUGCAACUACAAAGGGCCAUGCUACAAGAAGCUGAAGAUCAAGAUCCCGAAGAGCUUCAUCACCGCCGGCGAGCAUCCCGACAAGACAUUCGACAUUGGCGAGCUCAAUUUGGCCGGCUCAUUCUCCGGCGAAUCCACUGAUUGCCUCAAUUGA